AUGGGCCCUGAUCAACAUGCUCAAUUGGAUGAUUUCAGUCUCUUCCUUCCUUUUCCCUAUCGUGUCGCGGUGAUACUGGUGGCCGGUUUCUGGGGCUGGGGUGUCAAUCUCCAGUACCUCCGAAAAGCGAACAUCGAUGUCCCUGCGCUGAUCCGAUACCCUGCCCGUCAAUCCCCUCAACAACCCCCUCACCACUCCUCCGCCUACCGUCUCGCAAGACUCUUGACUCUCCCUCUCGUCAUCACUCUCCUUAUAUUCUGGGUGGCCACCCAUGGGUCUGCUCACCUCGUUGAGCUGUUGGAUUUCAUCCCGCAGGCAUACAUCGUGAGCUUCUUUGUGAUCAUAGCGCUGCCGUUCAAUCGCGUCUGCAAGGCUGGGAGACGCCAUUUUCUUCUGUCGCUGAGACGAAUUAGUAUUGGAGGACUCGCGGAGGCCCAGGAUGGCAAGUUUGGAGACAUUCUCCUGGCGGAUGCCUUGACCAGUUACGCCAAGGUCAUUGCGGAUCUAUAUGUGACCUUUUGCAUGUUCUUCGCGCGGGGGAUUUCGAGCACGUCGAAGCCGAAUCGUACCUGCGGACACGACUACAUCGUGCCCAUCAUCAUCGCCAUUCCCAGCAUUAUCCGGUUUCGACAAUGUUUGAUUGAAUACAUCCGCGUCCGUCGUGCUGGUGCGACGAGGGAGAACAGAGGCUUCCAACACUUGGCAAACGCGUUGAAGUACGCUACUGCAUUUCCGGUCAUUUAUCUUAGUGCCAAGUUGAGGAAUUACAGUCCUUUGGUGUUCUAUGGAUAUAGCGAGAUGGAUUUGGCUCGGCUAUUACUCAUCUGCACCAUUAUCAACUCUACCUACACAUUCUGGUGGGAUGUGACCAAAGAUUGGGAUUUGACACUCUUAACCGGGUCGCGUGACACAUCGGAAUACCCGUAUGGACUGCGGCGCCACCGUUACUUCUCCUCUGACCGACUAUACCGCUAUGCAAUUCUCAUUGACCUGGUUCUUCGCUUCUCGUGGGCUUCCAAAUUCGUGCCGGGUUUGUUGUGGCUCACCGAGCGGGAAUCUGGCCUCUUUGUCCUCAUGUUUCUCGAAGUUGCACGGCGAUGGAUGUGGGUUUUCUUUCGGGUAGAGGCCGAAUGGGUGCGAAGCCAUCGCGGUCCAGCCCCCGACGAUAUUCUCCUUGGCGAAUUCACCGGUAAAUUGGAUGCAGAUUAA